AUUUUUGUACAAAAAAAAAAAAUAAUAAAUAAAUAAAAAAUUGGGCAUUUAGCAACAAUGAAGUUGCAAAAACUCUGUAAUGGGGGUGAUACUGCGGAUCUGCCAAAUGGGUUUCAUGAAAUGACGAUUUUAGCCCCACACAAGAAUCUCAGACUCUGUCUCGACGGUAGUUCAGAGGGGCAAAUAAGGUAUUUUCACGCAGUGGAAGGUGAGGAAAGCAAAAACGGUGAGCCCACAAAGCUUUGUUGCAGGGGACAUUGGAAGCCUCAUGAAGAUGCCAAACUCAAAGAGCUUGUUGCCCAAUUUGGCCCUCAUAAUUGGAAUCUCAUUGCUGAUAAACUUCAAGGCAGAUCAGGGAAAAGUUGCAGACUGAGAUGGUUUAACCAGUUAGAUCCAAGGAUCAACAAAAGGGCAUUCAGUGAAGAAGAAGAAGAAAGGCUUUUGGCAGCCCACGAAAUGUACGGAAACAAAUGGGCUUUAAUCGCCAGGCUUUUCCCGGGCCGGACGGAUAAUUCUGUCAAGAAUCACUGGCAUGUGAUUAUGGCAAGAAAACACAGAGAAGGCAAUUUCGUGUACAGGAAAAGAAAGCCUUAUUCUCUGCUACAUGCGCAAUACAGGGGAUUAGUCAGUACCUUGAUGAUGAAUAAUAGUAAUGUUAAUAUUAGUGUUGAGGAAUUAUCCGGUGCUUCGACCCCCACCGAUCUUAGCCUGAGCCUGCACUCAGUGAAGCCCCAAAAUUUCGUCUCUUUUCAUCAGGAGAAUAUUAGCUUGGAUUGUGGUGCUGGCAUGGUAGGGGAGCUGGCUACUGGGAACAAAGAAAACAAAAUUAAUAAAGAGAGUUAUGAAUCAGUUAACUCAGAUUCAAAUUCUGAAGUGCUCUCAGCAUCUGAAUCAGUAGCCAACAACAGGGCCACCAAUCUUUGCAUUUGUGGGGAAAAUCAAAGUGACAAUAAAAAUGUGGGAUUCAUUGAUUUCCUUGGGGUGGGGUCCAUUUGAGAUUUCAUCAGUGUCUUUUUGGACAGUAGGGGCAAAACAGUCUUUUUGUUUUUCUGUUCUUUUUUCUCCGGGAACCUCAAAAUUAGCAAAAUAAGUUGAGAGGUGUUUUGUUCAUUGAAAGUGCUGAGAAUGGGUUUGGCAAUUAUUGCAUUCUAUCAGUAGAUGCAGGAAAAAGAAGUUGAUUUUCGCAGAUAAGAUGCCCCCUUCAUUUUGCAUGUAGAGUCCAAUGAAUCAUGAGUGGAAUUAUGUAUUGAAUAAUUAGGAAUUCAUAUCUUGCAUAGUAUAUUUGUUGUCAAAUCUUGCUAAAUUGUAUAUCUAUU